UGCAAAAGCGUAAGGAGAUGCGAAAUUUUCAACAAGACAAUCGAUGAAAACGUGAGCAUUAUUUUUCGCGUUCAGAAUCUAAUUAGAACCGCCCCGGUGCACUUGGCUUGAACAGUUCUUCUUAACAACCAUUAUUUACUACAAAAAACGCACAAUGUCGACCUUCGAAAAAGCCGUCGAGGAUGUAAAGAACUUGAAGGUAACACCCCCGGAUGCUGACCUGCUGGAGGUGUACGGUUUGUACAAACAGGCCACGGUUGGCGAUUGCAAUACGGACAAACCGGGCCUGCUAGACUUCAAGGGAAAAUCGAAAUGGGAAGCCUGGAAUGGAUGCAAAGGGCUGUCACAGGACGACGCCAAGCAGGCUUACGUGGAUAAGGUGGCCAAAUUGGUGGAGCAGCAUGGCCUCAAGUAGGCGUGUCCAGUGGACAAGUAUAAACACACACACAGGGAAAGUAGCUAAAGAUAGGCCAAUCAAAGGAAUCUCAAACCAUAAGGCGGCGGGACGAUAAAACUUCCACAAUGGACAUUUAUUUGUCAUUUUUUAUAAAUUUAAUUUGGAAUUAGUGACAAUUUCGCUGGUUGAAACGUAACAAGAAGCUUCGGGUAAGAUUUGUUUAAAACAAAAAUUUAAUUAACAUACUUGGGAUACGCACUGUGUAUCGAAAAAAGGUAAAUAUAUUAUUAAACUUAA